AUGAACGGCUCAACCAACCACCGGGGCGCCUCUGCGUCGUCCAUCCCCGGCUUUCCAAGAACGCCGUCCUCGUCGACGGCUGCUGCUGCGCAGCCGCUGGUCUUCUCCAACAUGCCUCGCUGCUGGGGCUGGGACGCGCACCACCGUCUUCACGUGCACGGUGCACCCACGAACACCUCGGGCUCUGGCGGCUCCUCCUACCCGGUGGUCGGUGGUGGCAGCAGCGUUGGCCCGAGGCGUGUAUCGCAGGGCUUCAACGUCGUCGGAAUUAGGCGAGCUGGAUGGGUUCGCGGAGGAGGAGGUGUAUGCCGCUACGUCGAGUCGGAAGAGCACGGCGAGGCUGAUCACGAUGACGUUGGCAUCAGCGGCUUGGCUGGCGAUUGUGUGCUUAUGAGGGCCUCUGAUGCAUCAAAGCCACCUUAUGUGGCAAGAGUUGAGGCAAUUGAAGCAGCAGGAUCUCGAGGCACCAAUGUGAGAGUACGAGUGCGGUGGUAUUAUCGACCAGAGGAGUCCAUAGGUGGCCGGCGGCCGUUUCAUGGUUCCAAGGAGGUUUUCCUCUCUGACCACUAUGAUGUACAAAGUGCUGACACCAUUGAGGGGAAAUGCAAUGUCCACAGCUUCCGUAGCUAUACAAAGCUUGAUUCUGUUAAUGCUGAGGAUUUCUUCUGCCGCUUUGAGUAUAAAUCAGCUACUGGCAGCUUCGUACCAGAUCGCAUAGCAGUGUUUUGCAAGUGUGAGAUGCCAUACAAUCCAGAUGAUCUUAUGAUCCAGUGUGAGGAAUGUUCUGACUGGUUUCACCCUGCUUGCAUUGGGAUGACAAUCAAAGAAGCAAAGAAACUUGAACAUUUUUUCUGCCAGACCUGUACAGCUGAAAAUGGGAAGAUGGUUGAGAAUUCACAUGAAGCUACAGCGCAAUCAGAAGAAAAGCCGGUGGAGUCAAAAAGGCGGCGAAGCAUCGGCAGUCGGACUAUUGGAGUAUGUGUAGAGUUGUAUGGCAUCGUAAUGCCAGCACAGGUGAUCAAGUUUCCUCUGGGCAUUAGGACUCCUGCAUAUGAUCGAUCCAGCAACAAUAAUACUUCCAUGCAGCUGCAGCUGGACCUGGCUAGUCAGUCACUAAACUGUUGCAUGAAAUUGGACACCCACCCUGGCCCCUUGGCUUUGGUUGCAUAUUUGCGUCAGUCAGCAUGUGUUUAA